CCAGUGAGUGAGUGUACAAGUGUUUGAAGACAACCAUGGAGAGGUGGAGGCAGACGUCGGGUUUUCUUUGUUGUUUUGAACUAAAGUAAACGCAACUAUGACGAGAUUCUCCGCGAACGGUUUAAACCAGUAUCCCCAAUGCACUCGGAAAAAGGAAGAGACCUUCUUCAGGAUGACUUGCCCGACUGCCCGAUUCUGAGCCCUGCGUCGUCGCACAAGUGUCCGGCCGCAGGGGAGAAUGAGCGUCAGGAUCCGCAGUCGCCAUGCCGACCUGGGAGGCCACUUCAAUGAGGACGCCCCGCGCCCGCCCGUGCCGGGCAUGGAGGGCGACACCAUGGCGUCGCCCCUGGCCACCCAUGGCCGCCCGCUGUGCCACCACAGCUUCUACCCGACCAAAGGAGGAAGCGGCGGCGGCGGCAAUGGCGGCAGCAGUAGCGGCGGUGGCAGCAGCUUUGGCGGAGACUCUUACCGCGGACUUCACGACGGCUCGGUGUCGGUGGCGACGCCGAGGCGCUCGGACCUGGACCUGGGCUACGAGCCCGAGGGCAGCGCCUCGCCCACGCCGCCGUACCUCCGCUGGGCCGAGUCGCUCCACUCGCUGCUGGACGACGAGGACGGCAUCCAGCUCUUCCGCGCCUUCCUCUGCCAGGAGGGCUGCGGCGACCUGCUGGACUUCUGGUUCGCCUGCAGCGGCUUCCGGAAACUUCCGGGCGGCAGCAGCCAGCCCGCCAGCGGCACGGCGGAUAUCGGCGGCGGCGGCGGCGGCGUGGAAAGCGGCAAGCGGCUAAAGCUGGCCAAGGCCAUCUACCGGAAGUACAUCGCCGACGGCAGCGUGAGCGUGGCGGCGCGGCAGAUCAAGCCGGCCACGCGGACGUUCAUCCGGGACUGCGUGUCGCGGGCGCGCCUGGACGCGGCGCUCUUCGACCAGGCGCAGACGGAGGUGCAGGCGUGGAUGGAGGAGAACACGUACCCGCUCUUCCUCAAGUCCGACGUCUACCUCAAGCACGCCCGCGAGCACGGCAGCUGGGGCGGUAACGGCGGUAACGGCGCGGCCAGCCGCGGGGAGAGCAGCCCCUUGACGUGCGGCGGCGAGGACACGAUCCAAGCCAACGGGAAGGCGGUCGCCGCGUCGCUGUCGCUGGCGCUGCUGCCGGAGGAUUCCGCGGCGAUGGCGGCGGCGGCGGCCUCCGCGCCGAGUCCUCUGUUGCCGGGAUACCUGCCCACGCUGAUGGAGGACAAGGAGUGGGAGCGGACGGAGCGCGAGGCGGAGGAGGAGGCGGCCGACCAGGCGCCCGUCAACAGGCUGACGCGGGAGCUGCUCAUGGAGACGGCGCCGCACCGCGCCACCGGCAGGAAACCGCAGGACGGCAGGGAGUUCAGACACGUGCCGUGGAGGGAGCCGGUGAACCCGUACUACGUGAACACAGGCUACGCCCGCGCCCCGGCCACCAGCGCCAACGACUCCGAGCAGCAGAGCAUGUCCAGCGACGCCGACACCAUCUCACUCACCGACAGCAGCGUUGAUGGUAUCCCUCCUUACCGCUACCGUAAGCACCACCGUAAAGAGAUGCAGGAAAGUGCCAAAGUAAACGGCCGCGUGCCACUACCUCAUAUACCACGCACGCACCGGCUGCCUAAAGACGUGCACGUGGAGCCGCAGAAGUUCGCCCUGGAGCUCAUCAGCCGGCUGGAGACGGUGCAGCGCGAGCGCGAGGCCCAGGACCGACUCGAGGAGCGGCUGCGCAGAGUCCGCAUGGAGGAGGAGGGCGACGACGCAGACGUCUCCGUGGUGACCUCCGUCCCCUCGUACGGCGGCGGAGUCGGAGUCGGCGUCGGUGUCGCCGAGGACGACGCCGAGCGCAUCCUGGACGAGCACGUGCAGCGCGUCAUGAAGACGCCGGGCUGCCACUCCCCGCGCUCCCCUCCGCACGCCCACGCCCACGGCCACGCCCACCCGCACGUGUACCCGCCGGCCCCGACGCACGCGCACAAGCACCCGUACCACCUGGCGGAGCACGAGGCCGGCUGGAACGGAGACACGCACCACUACGGCAGCAGCCGCGGCCGCAGCUAUGGCGACGGGGUCGGCGCGGGGCCACCGGAGCUGAUGGGCUAUGGGAGUAAGGGCAGCAGCCUGUCUCGGCGGGGGCUGAAGCCCAAGGCGGAGGUGCUGAAGGGGGAGGAGGGCCGCGGGCUGGACGGCCGCAGUGUGGAGCCGCCGGUGCCCGUGGAGGAGAAGAUCAUGCAGUGGAUGAUGGAGGGGGAGAGCAGCCGCCACAAGAAGAGCUCCUACAGUGGUUCCGGAAGCUUCAAGCGCUCCCAGGCCGUGGACUUGUGCCGGCCGGGCCCCGGUCCACCUCUGGACCGCUCCGCCGUGGUCGGCAUCGUCGGCCUCGGAGCCGGCGGAGUCCCGAUGGUGCCUCACGGCUGGUCGGGCGGCGGCGGGGGGGUCGGCGGCGGCGGCGGGGGGGUCAUGGGCGGGGUCAUGGGUAUGGGCGUGGGCGUGGCGGGAGCCCUGAGGGGGGUGCAGCCCUCGCACCCCUUCAUCCAGGACCCCACCAUGCCGCCCAACCCGGCGCCCAACCCCCUCACCCAGCUGGAGGAGGCGCGCCGACGCCUGGAGGAGGAGCGCCGGAGGAACGCCGCCCUGCAGGCCAAGCAGAGGCACAAAUCCGCCAAGAGGCCCCUGUGUGAGAACGUGACGGUGGCGUACUACUUCUGUGGCGAGCCCAUUCCGUACCGGACGUCCGUCAAGGGCAGAGUGGUCACUCUGGGCCAGUUUAAAGAGCUGCUGACCAAGAAAGGGGCCUACAGGUUCUACUUCAAGAAGGUGAGCGACGAGUUUGACUGCGGGGUGGUGUUCGAGGAGGUGCGGGAGGACGACGCCAUCUUGCCCAUCUUCGAGGAGCGCAUCAUCGGCAAGGUGGAGAAGAUCGACUGAGAGGAGUGAGGGAGGGCAUGGAAGACGGACAGACACAGGAAAAGAGAGAAAGGAGAGAAUCUGAACUGCCCAGUGGGAGGAAAGAAGGUGUGAGAGAGUGUGUGUGAGUGUGUGAUGGAGAGAGAGUGUGUGUGUGAGAAUGUGUGUGUGUGAGCGUGAAUAUGUAUCCGUCACAAGCCUUACCCCGGAGAGACAGACGGAUAAUUCAUUUGAAUGUCGGGGGCGGGAUCUGACAACACAGCCACCAGUUUUAAGACACACGACUGCAGAGGCACUCGUGUCGCCCCAAACCAGAGACUUCGAUCACUUCAUCCAGCCGUCUUCCACCGCGUACCCCACCCCCACCCUCACCCUCCGCCCCCACCCUCCGCCCCCACCCUCCCCUUCUGCAGUGUCCCUCACUCCAGUGGUGUGUGUGCGGCUGGUACACCUCACUGUAUCCCGUGGUGCUCCUUCCCUCGUGUUCCCCCUGGAAACACGGAAUAUGGUGGAAAGAGAGAAGUUCCGCUUCUCUGAACUCUUCUCUGUUUUUUUUUUUUUUAC